AUGGGUAUUGGCAAAUACCAAUGGACGAAGUCAGCAAAAAGUUUACAGCAUUUACUGUACCUGGAAGAGGGCUGUUUCAAUGGCGUGCUAUGCCGUUUGGCCUACACUCAGCACCUGCCACCUUUCAACGGCCAUCUACAAGAAGUAUUGAGACGUUUGCGAGAGGCACGGCUUAAAAUCAACAUCCCUAAAUGCAAAUUCUUUAUGGACGAAAUCAAAUAUCUUGGGCACGUUGUAAGCAAUCAAGGAAUCCACACCGACCCAGAUAAAAUAGCGGCCAUAAAGGAAUUAGCACCUCCCACAAAUUUGAAAGAACUACGACGAUAUCUAGAAAUAGCGUCAUGGUAUCGAAGAUUCGUGCCGGAAUUUUUAAAUACGAUCCAACCCAUGACAGCACUGCUAAAAAAGGGAAAAAAAUGGAUCUGGUCGAUAGAACAACAGGAGGCAUUUGACGCUCUGAAGCAAAAAUUAACUACUGCUCCGGUUCUUACAUGCCCAGAUUUUACUGAGCGUUUUACCUUUAAACAGACGCCAGUGAUAAUGGAUUGGGGGCUGUACUUACGCAAAUUAUCCAAGGGGAAGAGAAAGUCAUUGCUUAUGUCAGUAGGUCAUUAA